UUGCUGAACAAUAACGGCUAUAAAUAGAACACUCUUGUUUCCUUGUGUGUGCAAGUGGAGCUAGUUGUAAGUAUGUGUUAGGCGUGGAACUUGGUCGCGUGAACAGUAGCCAUGUUCCCCACUUCAUGUGGGAUUUUAUAAGUGAACCGACGGACUUUUGUCAGAACGGAUAUCGUUCAGUCGUUAUUACAAGAUGAAUAACUACACGCAAGAAACUGACAACCACUCGCAGCAAGUCGGCAAUGAGGAGGGCUGUAGUCUAUACCACGCAGCACAGCGGUUGGCUAUGCCCGAUAUCGGACUGAUGUGUGGCCCGCAUGUACGGAAGCUCAUCCACAACAAUGCUGCUGCACUCGGAUGUCCCGAUGAUCAUUUAUUUCUACCGUUCCUCUCAUGCUGCGCAGCGUUGAUGGGGAACAAGACUUCCAUCAAAGCCAAUGAGACGUGGACUGAACCACCGAUCCUUUGGACCAUGGUUGGGGCCGGGCCAGGGACUAAGAAAACGGCGGCCCUAAAACUGAUCAUGACGCCCUUGAUAGACAUUCAGCGCGAACAAAACCGGCAGUGGCAUCUUUCUCGACCAACGAGUUAUUCCAGCAAAUCAGCGACCCCACAGAUUCUGGCGGGAGCGAUGGAUAUGAAAUCCUUGGAGGACGUUCUCGACAAAAAUGAAGGACAAAUAUUAAGCAUUGUAGACAAUGUUAAAUGUUUACAUAAAUGUUUGGAUAUUGAGUCUGAUAUGGCACUACAAAGAGUUUUAGAACUCUUUGACGGUGUUCCGAAGUUCAAAGUUUCUUCAGGGGAGGUGACCAUGCUAGAAUCAACCUGUUUCAAUCACACUGGGUUCGCGACCCCGAGUCAUGUUAUGAAUUUGCACAAUGAUAAGCUGAUAGGGUUAGCAAGUAGAUACUUAGUGUCCUGUUCACCAGACCAAGAAUAUUCGCCGAUAUGGAACUCGCACCCUUUGCCUUUGGAUACACCUUCGUUUAAAUCAGUGUUUCAGACCUUACAUACCUACCAUUUACAACCAAGAAAGUAUUCAUUCUCUACCGACGCAUGGAAGGAGUUGGCUAAUUGUCAUGACAAUGAGUGGACAAGUAUGAUGAACCAGUUGGAUCAAGACCAGAACAAGCGGACAGUUAUUGAGAAAUCGUUAGGUCAAAUUGUACGUGUAGCAGGUGUUUUGAAGGCCAUUGUCAACGCCUGUAGAUUCUCCAAGCAACCGUCUGACAACAAGGCUUUCAAGUGGGACCUCACAGUCGACAGGGAAACGCUGUGUCGAGCAAUAGAUCUGUGUAAGUACUUUGUUGACCAAAAACUCACGUUGAUGCUCGGCUCGGGUGCUAGCUUCGGUAUGUGUAACUAUACCGGUAGUAGUGGUAAAAAGUGGGUUAAUGUGAAAGAUGCCCUUCGUCAGCUUCAGCAACCAAAAGUUGUGCACCAACAGUUGAAUCACAACCAGCAACAUCAAAUUCUUCUUCAACAACAGCAACAACAGCAACAACAACAACAACAACAACAACAACAACAACAACAGAGAAUGCACCAUCCGAACCAAGUCAUGUACUUGUCGGAAAAUCCCACUGCGUCGGUGCAAACACCCGAAGAUUGGCCCGACCAGUCACUCACUGAGGAUGGACAGGAAGAAACGCAAACUGCCGAUUUUGUCGUCAUGGACAAGCAAAUGUUUGUAUCUGUGCACGCAAAACGAAUUAAGCGGCUUUUAGAAUGUUUCGACGAUGGUCAUGGCGUUUCUGCUACUACCGCCUCGCAGAAGUCCAUAACGCCUCCCGUCAAACUGCAGGGAACCAACAACCGACAUCCGGUAUGGGCUUCCGCGCUCUUUUUCCAGAAGUGCCAGGAGCUGGGACUCGGGAGUGCGGAGCAAGUGAAGCACCCGACAAACAGGAAGUUUUACUGGCGCUUCAAAAGGAAGCCUGUAUCGGAAAUCAACAAUAAACUACAACAGUUGUUAACGUUCCUCCGUGUAGAUAUGACUCAGUAUUGUUAUAUCGGCCCCCGGCCACCCAGCAUUGCCCCUGUGUCUCCAACCAUGCUCUUCCACACGGCUAUUGACGUGUCAGCCGACUACUCGGAUUGUCAAACGACAGACAACGCCAGCACAGAGGAAACUGCAAACGAACCGAUGGAAUCUUUGGAAGAUGACAUACAAAUUAUCGUGAAAGACGAACCGAUAUGAACAGUAGUUACGCUUACAUUGAAAAACAAAACAUGUUACUAUUGUGAAAUUAUAUUUAUUUGUUUGCGCCGAUUACUUUAUAGGGAAAACAUAUUGCAUUGAUAACAUUCCCGUGAAAAGUAAACCAUGAAGUCAUCAAAGCUUCAAAAUCAUAUCGAGAUUAUCGAAACCGUGUAUACGGAAAAAUCAUAUCGAGAUUAUCGAAACCGUGUAUACGGAAAAAUCAUAUCGAGAUUAUCGAAACCGUGUAUACGGAAAAAUCAUAUCGAGAUUAUCGAAACCGUGUAUACGGAAAAAUCAUAUCGAGAUUAUCGAAACCGUGUAUACGGAAAAAUCAUAUCGAGAUUAUCGAAACCGUGUAUACGGAAAAAUCAUAUCGAGAUUAUCGAAACCGUGUAUACGGAAAAAUCAUAUCGAGAUUAUCGAAACCGUGUAUACGGAAAAAUCAUAUCGAGAUUAUCGAAACCGUGUAUACGGAAAAAUCAUAUCGAGAUUAUCGAAACCGUGUAUACGGAAAAAUCAUAUCGAGAUUAUCGAAACCGUGUAUACGGAAAAAUCAUAUCGAGAUUAUCGAAACCGUGUAUAUGGAUAAAUCAUAAGGCCAAAUUCAAUUUAUCAUUUGAUGUAGUUCUAUAACUGAAAAAUGUUCGGCUGUAAUCACGUCUCUACGAUUAAAGCAUCCUGUCGAUAGUUGCAGGUUUUAUUUUACAGAUAACGCCGUAGUGCCUUAUAGACAUUUUUCAUGUGUUUGUCACGUUAAAAUUAAAAAGAAAUUUCCUCUC